CUAUUUGUUAAUAUAUAUACUUAUAAUAUGUCUGAUCAACCAACUACUACUCCUGAAGUUAAACCUGUACCACCUCUUCCUGAAUCUACUGAUACUACUGAAGUGAAUCCAACUUCUGCUGAUACACUUGGUGUUGAAGAACCUACUACUACUACUACUACUGCUACUGCUACAGAAGAAAGUACAACUGCCCCUCCUGCUACUACUGAUACUACUACUGCUACUGCUGAUACUACUGCUGAAACUACGGAUACUACUGGUACUUCUCCUAAACAACAUGGUUCUACUCUUUUAUCCAAUUUUCCAAACUUUUUGAAAAAAACAUUUGAAAAGAAACAAGAAACUACUGAAAUGGAAGGUGAAACCACUGCCGCUACUGAAACUACUCAAGAUACGCCCACCACUCCUCCUGCUAGUCCUGAAAAACGGUUAUCUCGUACUCUUAUUGAUCUCUAUCACAAGACUGUGGGUAAAUCUGAUGAUCAUGCAAAAAAGGAAGAACAUAAUGAAACUACUGCUGCUACUGCUACUACUACUACUACUGAUGAACCUGGUAAGUUAUAUAGAAUGAUCAAUAUAGAAUAUAACAACAUGAAACUGCACAAGCUACUGCUGAUGAACCUGCUUCACCUUCAAAGGAGUCUAAGGAGCCUAUCAUGGAUCAUUUACGUCGAUUCAACAAAUUCUUUACCAAAAAAUCUACUGAAGGGACUACUGGUGAUGAUACUGAAGUGACACCUACUACUGACGAUGAUCAUCCGACCGAGCCAACAGAUCAUGAAGAAACAACUGAAGAUACUAAACCAACCUCACUUUCACGUCGAUUUAGUAAAUUAGCACAAAACUUGACGACACGUAUCAAGGACAAGAAAAAAACACAAGAAGGUAGUGGUGAAGAAACUACUCAAGAACCUAUCAUUGAACAAUCUCCAAUCACAACUCCUGAAGCUCCAGUGACCAACAACAAUGAAAAUAUCCUGCCAGUGCACGCUUCUGCAUGAAUGCUCUCAGUCUCUUCUCCUUUUUUUUCUUUUUUUUUAGUUCUUCUUUUUUACCCUAAUUACUUUUUUUUUUUCUCUUUGUCCUAUUAUUCAACUUAUCCCCCCUCCUUUUAUCUCCUCUUUU